UCGUAAAGGAGAUUGUAGUCACUGAUAGGCAAUUGGGUGUAACUUCGAACGACACCGACACGAAAACAUCCAAUUCUGUGAAACAAAAUAGACUGCCGAGUAACGAUACCUUUCAGGAGGUAAACGCGGAGGAGAGCGAGGAUUUAAAUACGCAGAAUGGGUCUGAUAUCAGUCCAACUCCACCCACCAACAUGACAGCUGCGGGACAAGCUGCGACAUCAAAUACAUUGAAAAAAUCAAAAACACCGAGUAAGUCUUAUAAUACUAAUAGACCUAAUUUAACAAUUAAGGCGGAUGCUAGACCGAAAAGAAGCAAUAGUUUGAAGAGAUCAGAUAGCACAAAGAGUGCAAGCAGCCCGAGAUGCCUGGAUAGCCCGAAGCGAAUUGACUCUUCUGCACGAGGAGACAAAUCAAGUCGGCUGGACAGUCCCAAAAAACUUGAUACUCCAAGACGAUCGGAUUCUCCAAAGAAGCUCGAUAGUCCACGACAGAAUAACUUUUCCUCCCGUCUGGAUAGUACAAAGCGUAGCGACAGUCCGGGUCGAUUGGAUAGUCCAAAGCGUAUCAACAGUACUAAGCGCAGUGACACUCCGGCUCGAUUGGACAUAUCAAAAUAUAUCAAUAAUCCUAAGCGUAGUGACAGUCCGGCUCGAUUGGAUAGUCCAAAACAUCUUAACAGUCCCAAACGAUGUGACAGUCCGGCUCGUUUGGAUAGUCCAAAACAUAUCAAUAGUCCAAAACGAUGUGACAGUCCGGCUCGUUUGGAUAGUCCAAAGCGUAUCAACAGCCCCAAGCGCAGUGAUAGCCCGCGUACCGGUAGUCCAAAACGUACCGACAGUCCCAAGCGUACCGACAGUCCCAAGCGUACCGACAGUCCAAAGCGUACCGACAGUCCAAAGCGUACCGAUAGCCCUCGAUCGUCUCCAGUAGCUCCCUACUUUACUUCUUCCAACGUUUUGACUCUUCCACCGAGCGGUAGUAAAUCGGACAAGACUGCGUCGCAGAAUUGUGCCGGCUGUGAUCUGCCUAUAUCUGGCCCCGUGUUGUCGGCUGUGGGGAGGCGUUGGCAUCCUGCACAUUUUGUUUGUAAGCAGUGUGGUGAUUCCUUAGAGAAUGUCGCUUUCUUUGAGAAAGCCGGCAAUCCGUAUUGUCGAAAGGAUUUCCACGAACUGUUUAGUCCAAAAUGCGCACAAUGUGAAAUGCCCAUUGAAGGGAAAAUAGUCAGUGCGCUUGGCAAGUCGUGGCACCCAGGACAUUUUUGUUGCCAGAAAUGUGGCGAUCCGUUCGAGUCGGGCGGUUUUAUGGUUCAUAAUGGAUUACCAUACUGCGAAAAAGAUUGGAUUGAGGAACAUGGUGAGCAUCGCCACGGUGUACAGGCUGUAGCAAACCCAUCCGGGGCGAAAUUAUGA